UUAUUAUUAUUACAAUAAUAACUUCAAUAAUUAGUAAACUUUCCCCAUGUUUCUGGAAUAGAGUCAAUUAGAGAAUGACUUCUAUAACCCGUGUUAUAUAGUGUUAGUAAUUGAUCCUGAUUCGGGAAAGCGCCAGCAGAGAUUCGAAAUGUUGUGACGUUUUGGUCCAAAUUCGCACCCGAGCAGGACAGCAUCAUGGUGAAGAAGAGUAGAAGGAGAGGCUUCCUUGGCGGCCAUUUUAGCAUGCCUGGCUUUGCGGCAGUCGCCAAAAUGGCCGAACGGCUUGCUUCACACGCAACGCGUUCGGGGCGAAGGGAGAGAAGGAAGAAAUGUUCGGCAGGUCUCCCACUCUGUCGAGUUUCUCCCUCUGGUUGGGAAGACCUUUCGGAAGAACGUUCUUCCGAAGGCGAAGGCGGGCCCAUCCCUUCCAAUUAACCUUGAGUGGGGAUUUCACACCCCUCACUCGCCCGGAUCCUUAUGAGUUCUGGCAGGAAUUACAAGGGCGGUGAACCAAGGGGGGGAACGAGACACGUCGGGGUGUCAAUCCCACGGAUCCAACUUUCUAAUUGGGGCAAACAAAGGCGGGCCACAAAGGGAGGUUGUCGUUGCCCUCGUCGGCGUGUUGACGUCGCCUUUGUGGGUCCUCAGAUUGACGGAUAUUGCUCCUGAUUGGGGUGGGGGGUGGGGACGUGGUGUCCCGUUGGUGGUGAAAACGUGCGAAAGGGCAAUGAACUUUCGGUGACUUCCCAACGCUCCACUCAGAAACUGGGUCUCCCCGGGUUCGAAAGUUCAACGCGCAUCAGGAGACAUCAUCUCCCCCAUCCGUCCAUCCAUAAAGACGGGGGGAUGGAAUAGAGAAGACGAAGAAGAAGAGGAGGAGGGAUUUCCUUCCCAAUGGAGGAAAUCGAGGAAUCCUCACCUUUCCUAGUGAGUCAUUGGAAGGACGCUUCUUGAGGAACCUCAACGCCAUUGGGCCCUUGGGUCCACCACGUCAUCAACGCAUUGAGUUGGCCGUGCAUUCCAUUGGAGGAGGUCCAUGGAGUGUUUCUUGGUGAGAGAAGGAGUGGGAGGAGCCUAUCGCCACAGAAUCGACUGGAAUCAGAACCCGAAUUGAGGUCAGGAGGGACGUCCUAUUCGCAACCCACGUUCCUGCCCAAGACUCCACGUCCCGUUCAACCAAAGAGGGGGGCGAAUAACACUAGAAAGAAGGAAAUGUAUUGGUGGAUGGAUGGAGGGAUGGGUUGAUAGAUGGAUUCGUAGAUGGAUACACAGUUGAAUAGAUAGAUGGAUGGAUGGAUAGAUAGAUAGAUAGAUAGAUAGAUAGAUAGAUAGAUAGAUAGAUAGAUACUAGAUAGAUAGAUAGAUAGAUAGAUAGAUAGAUACACAGUUGAAUAGAUAGAUAGAUAGAUAGAUAGAUAGAUAGAUACACAGUUGAAUAGAUAGAUAGAUAGAUACACAGUUGAAUAGAUAGAUAGAUAGAUAGAUAGAUAGAUAGAUAGAUAGAAACACAGAUGAAGAGGUAGAGAGAAAGUGAAAGAAAUGCAUUGGUGAAGGGAUGGAGGGAUUGGUAGACAGUUAGACAAGUAGGCAAGUAGGCAGAUAGGUAGGCAGAUAAGUCAGCAAAUAGACAGGUAGACAGACAGGUAGUCAGGUAGGGAGAUAGGUAGGCAGACAGACAGAUAGGUAGACAGACAGGAAGGCAGAUAGGUAGACAGACAGGUAGGUAGUCAGGUAGGCAGGCAGACAAAUAGACAGGUAGACAGACACGUAGGCAAAUAGGCGGGCAGAUAGGUAGGCAGAUAGGUAGACAGACAAGUAGGUAGUCAGAUAGGUAGACAGUCAGGCAGACAGAUACAGGUAGACAGUCAGGCAGACAGAUACAGGUAAACAGAUAGGCAGAUAGGUAGGCAAAUAGACAGAUAGGCAGAUAGGUAGGCAGGUAGACAGGUAGGCAGAUAGGUAGGCAGUCAGGCAGACAGAUACAGGUAGACAGAUAGGCAGAUAGGUAGGCAGAUAGGUAGGUAGAUAGGUAGGCAGGUAGACAGACAGGUAGGCAGAUAGGUAGACAGGUAGGCAGACAGAUACAGGUAGACAGAUAGGCAGACAGGUAGGCAGAUAGACAGGUAGACAGAUAGGUAGGCAGGUAGACAGGUAGACAGACAGGUAGGCAGAUAGGUAGACAGUCAGGCAGACAGAUACAGGUAGACAGAUAGGCAGACAGAUAGGCAGACAGGUAGGCAGAUAGGUAGGCAGAUAGACAGGUAGACAGAUAGGUAGGCAGGUAGACAGGUAGACAGACAGGUAGGCAGAUAGGUAGGCAGGCAGGCAGAUAGACGGGUUAACAGACAGGUAGGCAGACAGGUAGGCAAAUAGGUAGUCUGGUAAGCAGGUAGACAGACAGGUAGAUAGAGAAAGACACAGGUGAAGAAGUAGAGAGAAAGAAAGAGAAAGAAAAGUACUGGUGAAGGGAUGGGAAGGAGAGACGAGAGUAGAAUAACUCUAUUGUCACUGUACGUUGUACAUCGAAAUUCGAUUACAAAAUGCUGGGAGUGGGAAGGACACCGGUCACGCCGUGUGGGCCUGUCGGACAGGCUUUCGCUACGACUCGCCAGGCUUCGUAUUAUUCCUUGGCCACCGGAUCGUGGGAGGCAGCAGGGGGCAGCAGAAGCUCACCGCUCGGCAUUCGGAGGCUCCAGAUUUCAGCCUCAAGGAGAAUCCAACUUGCGACUGAAAAUCGAGGCUCCUUGUUGCAGGCAUCCAUUGACAUCCAAUGCUGUUAUUCGUUCGUUUAUGCUUUUCAUUUCCCUCCCCACUUCUAGCUUCUUUUACCUUCCUUCCUUCCUCACACUCCCACUCCCACUCCCUUGAGAUGCAGAGUCUCUGGCAAGUUGGAAUAAGAGUUUCAUCUAUGCUGACGAUUGUGCCAUCACCGCCCAAUAGCUCCCUAAGAUCGACACAGAUACGCACACAAACACCACAGCAAGUGGCCGUGAAAAACCCAGAACCUCAAUCCGUGGCUGAUACUGGGUGAGAGACUCUUCCUGGCACCACGAAAUGCAGAAACGGGGCCAAGAAGUGGAGUCCACGACAUGCGAGUGUGGAGGAGAGCAAACCACAGACUACUUACUACAAUGCGAUCUGAGCCCUGACACAUACACAACGGAGGUCCUUCUCACAUCUCCAAGUGUCCAGAUUCUGGUCGAAGGGCAUUGAGCAUCAUGCCAAAUUUUAAUUUUGUUUGUGGUUUUUCUAUACAUUAUACAACUAUAUUCUCAAUAUGCUUCUGACACAAUAAAUAAAUAAAUACUGCUUGGAGGUUGGAGUUGAGAAAUUCUGUCCCAGGUUGAAGCCAUACCUGGCCAUCGUGCCUCCUUCUCCGCCCCUCCCUCCCCUGAAAGCUGCAUCGGGGCCAGCUCCAUCCCAGACCAGAUGUUCUGCAUCCCGCACAUUGCUUUUGGCGAAAGCGAGUAAUCUCCAGCCGGCGGGAUUAGUGCUCUGUCCGGUCUUUAAACGCCCGCAGCGGGAUGCGAGCCCCCAAACUGCCCGACAGCACAGUCCGGACGCACAAGGAGGAGGCAGAAAGGCUGGUCUCCAUUCCUGGGACGUUUUAGAGAUGCCCGUGAUGGAACCAUGAGUGGAGAGCAGUAGUCGGCCAUGGAUGGGAUCCAGCUUCGGGCUUCCGGUGGACACGGCCACUUCCGUCUCUCCGCCAUGGAAGUCAAACUGAUCCACGUGGCCCUGGUGGUCUUCUUCCUGCUCUCCGUUGCCAUGACCAGCUGCUUCCUGUGGCAGUACAGCCUUCCCAAGGUGGAACCCAGCCCAACUGUGACGGAGACCAAGCCGGAGCCGGUGCAGAUGUGUCCCCGUUACCCAGACCCCGUGCCUCUGGACCACCCGAUCCCGAUCCUGAAGGACGCUCUGGAAAAGGUGGACAUGCUCCUCCGACACAAGAUCCGGAGCCCUGGCCUGCCCGCUUUGUCGGCCAUCGUGAUCUACAACGACACCGUAUUGUGGACGGGCAACUUCGGGAAACGGAAUGGCUCCGAUCCCUCCUCCGGCAUUCCCAAUGAAUAUACCAUUUACAGGAUUGCCAGCGUCUCCAAGAUCUUCCCCACCAUCAUGCUCUACAAGCUCUGGGAGGAAGGGAAGGUGACGUCCCUGGACGACCCCCUGGAACGCUACGCCCAGAGCUUCGCCAUCAAGAACCCUCUGGGGCGGCUCAGGGAGUCGGAGCAGAGAUACUCGGCCGACGGGCUGGUCUUCUUGGAGAAAGGCUCGCUGCCCUUGAAGCCGUCGCCGGUGACGCUGCGGAGAAUGGCCAGCCAGCUCUCGGGUUUGCCCAGGAGGCUGCGCUCCACGAGUCUGUUGUGGAAAGGGACCACGCAAGAAGCCUUGGCGCUGCUGAAAGAUGAUGUCUUGGUGGCCGACCCAGGGACCAGGUGCCACUACAGCAACUUGGCGUUCUCCCUCAUGGCACACGUUCUCGCCGAACACGCCGCCGAGGGUGAGUACCAGCGGUGGGUGUCUGAGAACAUUCUGGACCGGUUGGGCAUGGAGGACACCGGCUUCGACAUCACGCCUCCCGUCCGCUCCCAGAUGGCGGUCGGCUUCUACGGAAGUGGUCAACCGGCCCCUCUGUACGACUUGGGCUGGUACCGGCCCUCCGGCCAGAUGUACUCCACGGCCGCCGACCUCGCCAAGCUGGCCAUGGUCUUCUUGGGGACCUACCACCGGCGCCUUCUGGAGCCGGACACGGUGAAGACCAUGCUGACGCCGCUCUUCAAGUGCUCCAGCGAGUACUUCGCCAACAAGACUGGGACGCCUUGGGAAAUCAACGAGCAACUCGGGUACGAUAUCAUUCGGAAGGACGGCGACUUGGACGGCUACUCCGCCACCUUCUCCUUGGUGCCGAAGCUCCGCUUGAGCUUCAUUGUCCUCAUGGCCGGUCCUCGCCCGCAGGGAGGAGACGUGGUGGCACAGACCUACGAGCAGCUCAUCCCCGCCAUGGAGUCCGCUUUCCGUGAAGCCGAGAAGAGCCUUGCCCCGCCCCCGAGCCCCACCCCGUACAUCGGGUACUACACGUACUCCAACCUAACGUUCUACGAGAUCAAGGUGGGGGCUGGUGGGGUGCUGGUGAUGCAGCAGUUUGGCCCCCACAUCGAGGAGCUCAUCCCUGAGAAUUACCGGACCAUCAAGCUGCACCACCUCGAGGAUCGCGUCUUCCAGGUGGUGUUCGACAAGGAGUUCCCCUGCACGCUCCACCUCGGCUCCGCCUCCGUUUCCCUGGAGACCCAAGACGGGCAGCUUUUCAACUUCUACCCUUUCGACCGCAAGGGAUUAUCCCCUGGAUUCGACGCUCCGGGUCUGAACACAUACAACGUCUUACGCAUCCAUCGCAAACCCGUGUUCUAUAGUUAACGGCGAGGCGGACAUUUGUACUAUGCGAGGAGACCGGGAGGAACGUCUGGCUUCAGCUUGAGGACGUGGACGAGAUCCUUGGAGAAGUGAGGGCAACCACGUGCAUCCUAAACCACCCUUAGUGGAUGAUCUCGACAGGCGUAGUAGGACCAAGCCUUCACUCAACACUAUUAAGGGACUAAUAAUGGAGAACUGACGUUGGAUUGGUCUUGGAUCGACGUUUUCGGAUUGUGUGUUUUAAAUGUUAUGAGUUGACCGUUUCUAACACUACGUUCCUUGUUUGUAUGUUAUGUUGUAAACCGCUUUGGGGUCCCCUCGGGGAGGAAGGCGGGAUAUAAAUGAUGUAAAUAAAUAAGUAAAUAAAUAAAAUGGUGGAAACAA